AUGCGCAAGCGCUGGCUCACAAAGAUUUUCGUAAUCGGCGACGUUAUAUCCUUCCUCUUGCGGGGCGCUGGCGGAGGCAUAAUGGCGAGCGGCACCAUUUCAGCCAUGCACAUGGGCGAGAACAUCAUCAUCGGCGGGCUGGUCGUGCAAGUGCUCUUCUUCGGAUGUUUCAUCGUGACAUCGCUCUGGUUCCACGUGAGCAUGCGCCGCGUCCCGACGUCCCGCGUGCUGUCACGGCAGCCGCCGUGGGAGAAGCAUCUCUACGUGCUGUACGCUGCCAGCGCGCUGAUCCUCGUGCGGUCGAUUUUCAGGUUGAUUGAGUAUGCGCAGGGAAACGAUGGGUAUCUGAUUAGUCAUGAAGUGUUCUUGUAUGUGUUUGACGCGGUGCUCAUGUGGAUUUGCAUGGCGAUUUUGGCGUGGGCGCAUCCGAGUGAGAUUGCGGCGUUGUUGAGACCCGGGAAGGCGAGGGCGUUGAGGAAGGGAGUGCAACUUUAUGAUCUUGCGUGA